AUGGAGGCGGAUAAGAGACAUGAUGACAACACGUUUAGCUUACAUAAUAUUUUAUUCGUCGUCCAAGUCUCAGCUGCACUAGCAGUCGCCGGUUACUGUGGCUACCCGACGAUGGUUAGUUUAAUUGAAGGAUUCAUCAUUUGGUUCGAUUGGUUCCGUUUCGUUCUUAGAAACAUUUUCUUCAUUUUCAUCAUCCUUAACGUUCUCAUCGGUUCCAUAUACUUCACUUUCCACAAAGCCACCGAAAAAAAGAAACCUAGUCUCAGUGAUGAAUAUAUCACCCCCGAACCCACUGUUAUCUCUUCUUUCUCGGAGCCGAUGGAGGUUAGAGAUUAUUAUGGUGGUGGAGGAUAUCAUAGUAACUCGAGUUACGUGGAGAGUGUGCAACCGUUUCAAACGGUUAAUACGGUUGAGGAGAGUAGCUGUUAUGAAAGGGUGGUGAUGGAGACGAACUCUAAGGGUUGCAAGAGGACGAUGAGGUCGGAGAAGAAGAUGAGGAAGAUGAAGUCGUCGACGACGACGGUGGAGUAUCAUCAUCAAAGGAAGGAGUCGGAGAGAGUGAUGAAAACGGCGUCGUGCAGGUGGCAGGCGAUGAUGGAUGAGAUGAGCAGCGAGGAGUUUCGUAUGACGCUUGAUACUUUUAUCAUGGAAAGAAAGAAAAUGUAUGGCUGGCAAAACGGCGUCGUGGACCAAUGUCAAAACGGUUUUCCUCAGUUGCGAAAGGACGGCGUUUACCAGUGGCAAAACGGUUUCCCUCAGUUGCAAAACGGCGGCGUACACCAGUGGCAAAACGGUUUCCCUCAGUUGCAAAACGGCGGCGUUUACCAGUGGCAAAAUGGAGGUUUUCCUCAGUUGCAAAAUGGAGGUUUUAACCAGUGGCAAGGGCAGCCUGAUUACGAUGGGACUGGUGGUCGUAGGCUCGUGGGUGGUUCUGGCUGUACUAGUCAUGAUCCGUACUUAGCUAUUUCGAAUUAG